CGUGAUCAACAUAAUAUGGUCAGAAGUACUACUAUACCAGGAGACGUCGAAUUUGAUCUGCAGCCGGACCACAGAUUAUUCGAUCCUGAGGACUUGCCGGAUAUCAACUUUAUGGGCGACGUCGAGGGGGUUGGGGCACCAGAUCUUCAGUAUGAGCUCCUACAUCUGAACAAUCACAAUUCAACGUCCUCUCCCCACGCGCACUUUUUCGCGGAGACGGACUUGUUCCGCAUGCGGGACAUAGUGUCGGCCGAGGAGAAGGCGACAGCGUUUCUGGAGAAUGAAAUGCGAAUCGCGGAACAGGAGAAAGGAGGG